GUAAACAUUAGUAAAGUUGUGAUAAUGGUAGCGAAGGAUAAAACCGCUGAGAACUCUGAUGAGAAUGCGGCAGAAACUAGUGGUCCGAAAUUGGGCGUUCGACAUUUGCAAAGUAUACUGAUAUUUUUCGGUCUCUGUGUGGCGUUUAUGCAACGCGUUAAUCUCUCAGUAGCCAUUGUGGCAAUGAUGGAUCGAAAUUCCACAAAUCCAGAUUUUCCGGAGUAUGCCUGGUCGGAGCAAACAAAGUCACUGCUAUUAAGCAGCUUCUUUUGGGGCUACUUCCUCACGCAGAUACCAGGCGGUCAAUUGGCACAACGUUUCGGCGGUAAAGUAAUGUUACUCUUCAGUGUCGGCAUUUCUGGGUUUCUGGCUUUAUUUACGCCCUUAAGCGCCCAACUGGGCGAUUGGCGAUUGACAUGCGCCUUGCGAUUUCUGCAAGGUUUCUGUCAAGGUUCUAUAUACCCUUCAACUCAUACGAUUUUAGCCCGAUGGGCGCCACCUGCUGAACGUGGUAUACUAGCAACACUUUGCUUUUCCGGCUCGCAAUUCGGCACAAUUAUCAUAUUGAGCAUUAGUGGCACAUUAGCUGCUUCAAAGUAUGGUUGGCCGAGCAUUUUCUAUAUUUCUGGUGGUUGUGGCAUUAUCUGGUCUUUUGUGUGGUUGCUGUGGGGCACUGAUUCACCGCAUCAAUCCAAAAUAAUUACACCAAAGGAGCAAAAUUACAUCGAAUCAGCAUUAGCAGUGAUUUCUAAAAGUGAGAAUAAUUCCACUGCAGUUAAGUUAUCAACACCUUGGUUAAGCAUAUUCACAUCGCUGCCAUUCUGGGUGUUGCUCAUCACUAAUUGUGCCUACAAUUGGGGCUAUUGGACAUUGAUGACACAAAUACCCUCGUACAUAAAGAAUGUAUUUGGCAAGGAUAUCAAGAGUAAUGCUUUGCUCUCCGCGCUACCAUAUACCGCUAAUCUGGUACUCGGUCUGUGUUUCUGUGGCCUUGCUCAGGUACUGCUGUCAGCGAAGGUGUUAAGCACAAAUGCUAGUCGUAAGAUCUUUAACACGAUCGGAAUGUGGGUACCGAUGGCGGCCAGCAUUGCGCUGGGGUUUGUCGACGCCGGUAGCGCCGAUUUGGCAGUUAUUCUACUAACUGUAGCUGUGGGCACCAACUCAGCAACAUUUUUGGGUGGAUUUGUGAAUCAUAUUGACUUAUCACCGAAUUUCGCAGGCACUUUGAUGGGCAUUACAAACUGUGCGGCUAAUGUGAUGAGCAUUAUUGCACCGUUAGUUGUUGGAGUCAUUGUGACAGAUACGACAAACCCAAUUCAGUGGCGUUUUAUUUUUAUCAUUAUGGCUUUGUACUAUUUUAUUGGCAAUUUACUUUUUAUAACAUUGGGUAGCACUAAAUUGCAGCCGUGGAACGAGCCAGUAAAACGAGACACAAAUCAUGAGCAUAUCAAAUUUCAAGUAGUUGCAGGUGACCUGGAACAUAAAUAAUCUGAACUUGCAUCUAAAUAUGUGAACAACAACAAACAGAAUGCGGAGAUGGAGUGUAAUGCUUAUUCGGAAUGUCAUGGAAACAAUAUUAGAUAUAAGAAUAAAUAGUUUUGCUUUUGUUAGUUUAAUGACAA